GGCCACCGCCGCGGCGCCGCCCCACCCCCGUCCAGCAACGGUCAGAGCUUUCUCACGCCAAUCAGGUGUUAGUACCCACCAGUCCACCACCCGUCCCCGUCCCCCUGGCAAACGGCUACUUCCUUCCUCCGCUUCCUCCCACCCCCACCUUCUAGAACCCUCCGCCGCCGCCGCCGCCGAUGCCGCCGGCUCCGAGGAGGAAGCGCAUGGUCCGCGCGGGCCUCUUCGCCGCGGCUUGCGCCGCCUACUUCGCCUUCCAGCUCCUCUUCGAUCUCUCGUUAUCCUCAACCGCCUCUUCGUCGUCGUCGUCGGCGGCGGCGCUACCUAUCCAGCACCCGCGCCGCCGGGAGCUCGAGGCGUCGGUGUUCACCUCCCCUUUCUCCCCCGCCCGCCCCGCCAGGCGGGCCUUCCCCACCGCCGCCGCUCCGUCCCCGGGCCCUCCCCCUCUCCCGAUCUUCUCCUCCCUCCUCCUCCUCCCGCGGCCCAACGCCACCGCCACCCCCUUCGACGCCACCGCCGCCGACGCCUUCGCCGCCGCCAAGCCGCACCUCGCCGACCUCCACUCCGACGCCGCCUCUGACCCCACCUCCGCGUCCGCUUCCGCCGCGUCGCCGCCGCCGACCUGCCCCCCCUCGAUCUCCGUGCACAGGGAGCAGCUGCCCUUCGACGGCGUGCGGGUGAUGGAGCUCCCCUGCGGGCUCGCGGUGGGCUCCCACGUCACCGUGGUGGCCAGGCCCCGGCCUGCGCGGCCCGAGUACGACCCCAAGAUCGCCGAGCGCAAGGACGGGGAGGCCCCGCUCAUGGUGUCGCAGUUCAUGAUCGAACUGGUGGGGACCAAGGCGGUAGACGGGGAGGCGCCGCCGAGGAUACUGCACUUCAACCCCAGGAUCCACGGGGACUACAGCCGCAAGCCUGUCAUCGAGAUGAACAGCUGCUACAGGAUGCAGUGGGGGCAGUCGCAGCGCUGCGAGGGCUUCGCGUCCCGCCCCGCCGAGGACACCGUUGAUGGGCAACUCAAGUGUGAGAAAUGGAUUCGGGACGAUGACAAGAAGUCAGAGGAAUCAAAGAUGAAAUGGUGGGUGAAACGUUUGAUUGGUAGACCAAAAGAUGUCCACAUCAGUUGGCCUUACCCAUUCGCAGAAGGCAAGCUAUUUGUUAUGACUCUAACAGCUGGUUUGGAAGGUUACCAUAUCAAUGUUGAUGGGCGGCAUGUCACUUCAUUUCCUUACCGCACUGGUUACACUCUUGAGGAUGCAACUGGAUUGUCCCUGAAAGGAGACAUUGAUAUUGAGUCAAUUUUUGCUAGUUCUUUACCCAAUUCGCAUCCUAGUUUCGCACCAGAGAGAUACCUUGAGAUGUCUGAACAGUGGAGAGUCCCACCACUGCCAACUGAACCUGUUGAGCUUUUCAUUGGCAUUCUUUCAGCAGCCAGCCAUUUUGCUGAGCGUAUGGCGGUAAGGAAGUCAUGGAUGAUGUAUACAAGGAAAUCAUCCAAUAUUGUAGCUCGGUUCUUCGUGGCUCUGAAUGGAAAAAAUGAGGUCAACACAGAGCUGAAGAAGGAGGCAGAGUUCUUCCGUGACAUUGUUAUAGUGCCUUUCAUUGAUAGCUAUGACCUUGUUGUGUUGAAGACUGUUGCCAUUGCCGAGUAUGGGGUGCGUGUCGUCCCUGCAAAGUAUGUAAUGAAAUGUGACGACGAUACGUUUGUUAGAAUCGAUUCAGUACUGGAUCAACUGAAGAAAGUUCAGAGUGAUAAAAGUGUGUAUGUGGGAAGCAUGAACUACUUCCAUCAACCAUUAAGAUCUGGCAAGUGGGCCGUAACUUAUGAGGAGUGGCCAGAAGAAGCAUAUCCAAACUAUGCUAAUGGACCUGGCUACGUAAUUUCAGCAGAUAUUGCACGCUACAUUGUAUCUGAAUUUGAUAAUCAGACACUUCGGCUGUUUAAGAUGGAGGAUGUAAGCAUGGGUAUGUGGGUCGAGAAGUUCAACAACACGCGGCAUCCCGUGGUGUACCGACAUGACAUCCGGUUCUACCAGUCCGGCUGCUACAACGGCUACUUCACGGCACACUACCAGUCCCCGCAGCACAUGAUAUGCCUGUGGAGGAAACUGCAGUCUGGGAGCGCCCAGUGCUGCAACGUGAGAUGACGAUGGCGAAAAAACCCACGGCUAUUUGUUUGUUCUGAGCAAAGAGACGGCCAACACCUCGUAAGCACAGCUCCGCUUAUGGAGCAACUGGAAAUCACUGGGGACGUUGAGGACGAAUUUGGAGGAGAGCGCUCUUUUGGACUUGUCACUGGGUUCGUUCAUUCUUUUUGGUCGGUGGCUGAUUCAUUUCCGCUGCUGAUUCUAACACCUGACCGAUGUUCUUCGGAUUCUUUUAUACCUGUAGAUAUUCAUAGCUGCGUCAAAAAAAAUUGGCCUAGAAAUUUUGUGAUGGGUGAGUUGGGGUGGUAUACCGGCGGUGCUUGUUUAUAAAAGGAUUAUCUGAGAUUUUAUUUAUCAUACACACAGUUGUGUGUGUUCAGACUACAGAA